AUGCAGAAAAUUACCGCGGUCACCGAGCAGUUGAAGUCCAAAAGUUGUCGAGCCGUUUUCGGUACGCUGCACGCCGUUACGCGUGUGGGUCAGGAUGUUGCUCCAAAGUCUCGGCAAGUGGUGUUCAACACUCUUCGACGAUGGAAUCGGGUGGAAUUCUUGAUUACAGAGGCCUUCAACGAGGCUCAAGACAAUGUUAAGUACCUGAACACUCUGGAGAAGUUUAUGGAACCACUUUACACUGGUACUCCUGACAUGAUCUCGGACUCUCUACCAGCAUUGCUUAACGCUAUCAAGAUGGUAUAUACCAUUGCCCGAUACUACAACACGACUGAAAGAUUGACUAAUUUGUUCACCAAGAUGACCAACCAGAUGAUCAUCAACUGCAAGGCCUAUUUAUUGGGCGAUGAGCAUCCGGACAAGCUGUGGGAGACGAAGCCUGUAGUAUUGAUAAAGAAGCUCCGGGCUUGUCUCAAUCUCAACGAGGUAUACCAAGAACAGUACCAUUUCAAUAGGAAGAAGCUCCUAGCGCUACCGAAGGGAAAGCAGUUUGACUUCUCGGAGACUCAGAUUUUCGGAAGGUUUGACCUGUUCUGCCGCCGCGUGCUCAAGCUAGUGGAUAUGUUCUCGACCGUCCAUCAAUUCGAGUCACUGGCCGCGUGUCGGUUUGACGGUAUGGAACAACUAGUGGUCAGCUCCCGCACCAUUAUGGAGGAGUUCCGGAACAAACGACAUGACCUUCUAGAUUUCCACAACAACCGGUUCGAUCGCGAUUAUGUCGAAUUCAACGUCCGGAUUGCCGACCUAGAGAGCGCACUACAGCAGUUCAUCAAUCAGAGCUUCGAGAGCAUCACUUCUAUCGAGUCCAGUCUAAACUUGCUGAAGAGCUACCAAUCGAUUUUGCAGCGUGAGAGCCUCAAGGCCGAUCUCGAGAGCAAGUACACUGUCAUCUUUCACAAUUACGGUGUAGAACUGACACAGAUUCAAGAUUCUUAUGAGAAACUGAAAGC